AUGAAUCUUGCCAAAGAUGCUCGGCGUAUAACAUUGAUGUACCUUGCCAAUGAUGUUUUACAAAACAGUAGAAAAAUAACUCGUAAGUAUACCUCUGAAUUUCGUCGCGACAUCGAAAGAGUUUUCAAAUCUAUGAGCAAAUCUGAUGAAACAACCAGAGACGAAAUGAGAGAACUUGCUGAUUUACGAGCUGGAGAAAGGGCUAGAGGUAGAGCUGCAACCCAGUCCAGAUUUGAAGAGCUAGCCACUAUUGAGACUGAUAAUACUCCAGUCCGUCCCUUGACUCCCCCAGAAUCUCGCGAAGUGAUACAAGUCAUGCAAGAGUUUGAGUCCAAAAUAAUGUCACCAAUAUCCCCUUUCGUCCAAAAUGUGACAGAAGAGUUAGCUUUUCUAACUGAAAGGGUUCCUGAUAGGUCAACUAUUGCCCUCAUACAAAAUAGGGAUGAGGCUGAAAAUUUGAUCUACGAAGUUCACGGUGUUAUCUCAACAUUGCUUCAAAAGGAGACAUUAUGCAGCUUCUAG